GGUUUGAAGGCAUAACGCGUCUAGGGUACCAUGUAAACAAGUUUAAAGAGUUGCCCCGCUGACCCGCUUUCAGAGCGUCAAAUGCUUUCGGUUUUCGUCGAUGUGUGAACGCAAAGCUCAGCGACUGACCAAACUGACUGAGUAGACACGCGAACUUCUGCAAUGGGGUGCUGCGGGUGUGCAGAAGACGAAAAUGAACAGGAGCCACCAACAAAGGGAACCAAUCAACAACGUAGUUGUACCGAUGUGAUAUGGCUGGCUCUGUUCAUCGUGUUUUGGCUUUUCAUGAUACUCAUUGCUGCUUUUGCACUAGUGUAUGGCAACCCUACACGUUUACGGAAUGGCUACGAUAGUUACGGAAAUACUUGUGGAAUCAAGAACAAUGAGAAGAUUGGAGAUAUUGCUCUCUCUGGUCUAGACACAAGUGAAAAACCGUAUUUGUUCUAUCUUGACGUGAAGAACUUGCGCCAUUCAUUGCAGAUUUGUGUAAAGCAAUGUCCAGACCGAAACAUAAAUACACUUCAAGAUUUGAAGUCAUUCAUGAACAGAACAGGUUCAUCUUUAUGCACCUAUGACUUUGACAUUUUCAAAUUGGAUGAUGAAAAACUGAGGAUUGCCGAGUCAACAGAUUCAUUCACUUCCUCUCUUGGGCCUUGUCCUCCACUUCCAGUUUAUUACAGUGGUUCUGUGCUGCACCGCUGUGUGCCCAAACCAGUGAAGGAACUUGCUGCCCAGGUCGUUGGUGGAAUUUAUAGCUUCUUGAAUUCUUGGGACACUAUCGAACAAGUUUUGUCUGACCUCUUUGAUACAUGGGAAGUUAUCCUUGCCCUUUGUGGGCUUGCUCUAGUGUUGGCACUUUUCCUUGUGGCAAUUCUUCACUUUGUAGCCUCAAUGGUUUCAUAUAUAAUUAUGAUUGCUGUCAGCAUAGCUUGCGUUGUUGCAACUGGAAUUUUGUGGUAUGCAUAUGCAAGUGUUAAGUGGAGUCUUGAUUCUACUGAUCCAAUGGAGCACCUGGAAAAGUCUAUUCACAAUGAGAGAGCCAUUCUAGUGUAUGCUAUUCUAGCUACAAUUUUUACAGUUAUAAUAUUGCUAGUCGUUUGGGCUUUGCGUAAACGUAUUGGUUUCUUAGCACAACUGUUCAGAGAAUCAAGUGAAUGUCUUAUUGAUAUGCCAUAUCUAUUUGUGCAACCAUUUGUGACUUUCCUCGCCCUGCUCGCCUUUUUUGCCUUUUGGAUUUCAAUCAUAGUUUGCCUGGCAACAGCAACUUAUCCUGGAUCGAGGUCUCUGGCCCCCCUCUUUGAGCCCCCUGAAGCUGAAGCAGCAGGUGUUACAAAUUCUCCAUACCCUGGGAAUACAGUAUCGACUCGUAUUGGAAACGUUUCUGUGCGACAACUCCGAGCCCAUAAGUUUGUAGAAUUCAUAGAUGCCACUUGGGUCCGUUACAUGUGGUGGGUGUACCUAAUUGGUUUAAUUUGGACUUCUGAAUUCAUCUUGGCCUGCCAACAAAUGGUUAUUGCCGGUGCUGUUGCCAUUUGGUACUUUGAUGGUGGAAGAAAAAGUGUUGGAUCUCCAGUUUUGACAUCCAUUACGAAUUUGGUGAGCUAUCACUUAGGGUCCAUGGCACUUGGUUCUUUGCUUAUUACUAUCCUGAAGGUGCCUCGCCUGAUUCUUACUUACAUCUACGCAAAGUUGAAAAACAAUGAAGAAUCUGAAUGUGCCAAGUGUGGACUAAAAUGCUGCAUUUGCUGUUUUUAUUGCUUGGAGAAAUGUGUUCGUUUUAUGAAUCACAAUGCCUACACAGUUAUUGCCAUGCAAGGUAUCAACUUUUGUUCUGCAGCCAGAAGGGCAUUUGGAGUCCUUGUUAGCAAUGCUCUACAGUUGGCUACUAUAAAUAGUGUUGGCGACUUCAUCCUGUUCCUUGGAAAAUGCUUUGUGACUGCUGUAACUGCUUCUAUUGGAUUGCUGCUUCUCAAGCGUGAUCCAGAUCUCAAAUUCUAUGCCGUUCCAGUUCUAGUCAUUGCCAUAUUUUCAUACUUCAUUGCUCAUUGUGUCCUCUCAUUAUAUGAGGUUGUAAUUGACACACUAUUUUUGUGUAUGUGUGAAGACCACAGCAUGAACGGUGAUGCUGGAAAUUGGAAGAAGAGCACUGUUGUUGAGCUACAGCAGCAAGCCAUUGCUCAAAGGGGUGAUGGAAACGGGGGUCAGGAUGAAGUUGAUGAACACACUCAAAACACAGUUGAUGAAGAUAUUCAUCAGCCAGCCGAGCUUACCCCAAUAAAUGAACAAUAGUAUUGUAGUUCAGCUGUAAUAUGGGUUGUGAAACAGUAUUUGUUGUGUUGGUUGAGUGAUGAGACUUUCAUAUACCUAGAUAUUGAUAGACUUUUAAUAACAAGCACAAAUUUUACAAGAUGUGGUUUGACUGCUUAUUUUUAUAUCCACAUCCUUGUAUGCUUGAACUAAAUUAAUGUACUUGUAAAUUCGUCAAUUUUUAGAGCAAAUACUUAAUGUUUUGCAUUUUUUGACACCCCCAAGAGCCUUUUGCCCAUCUUUGCCUUUUUUUGCUAUGUAAACAUUUAUUAGGAUUUGUUCAAUAUUUAUGACAAAUUACUCUAUAAGGUCAACCAGCCACUCAAUCAACGGUCAAGUAUUGGUGAGACUAAAGACCAAAGCAUAGAUUAUUGAUACAUUGUCUCUUUCUUCAUUAAAUUUGAUGUUUCCUUCAUGUUUAUAAAAAAACCUUCGUAAGACUAAAAGAACUUAACUUAGUGCUCUUUAACUUAGUUUUAGCCUAUUAAGCUUGGUUAGUAGCAAGAAUGAGAGUGUGCUUUGAGAUGUCCUGAUAGAUUAUUUAGCUUUGUGCUGUUUUCAUAUUGACUGCCAUAUUUUCUACUACAAAUUGGAUAUUCAAUUGCUGAUGUUAAAAAAGUUUGUGUCUUCAUCAUAUUUUCUGUCUUACCACACUGCACUAUCUUUCUUGGCACGUACUGUUUGUGCACUUGUACUUUAUAAAGCUUUUAUCAAUAGUUUGUGUGUCCUUUGAUGAUGACUAGUGUUUGCUUUGCUUUUAGGUUCAUCAUUUUUUAUCUAUGUUUUUUAAUCUUGAAGGAAGGCUAUUCUGUUUCUCUUUUAUGCCCUAGGCAAAUAAUUUCUUCCUAAGUAUUUUUCUUAAGCCUUAAGAGGUUUUGAUUUGUCUUUUAUGACCGUCCUGCCAUAAGCUCAGCACUUUACAGCUGUUCAAUGUCAAUUAGAUAUUUUACUCAAAUAAUUUAUUUUUUAUUCACGCCGUUUUGGCGCAUACAUUACUUAACUUUUAAAAGUGACUUGUUUGUAUGUUUCUUAGUCUCUGCAUCAGAAUUUUUUAACUAUGUCAGAUUUAAUGAGAGGAAUAUGGUAGUAAGAAAGCUCUGUUUCGAUGUAAAAUACCCUAUUGUUAAGAUUAAAAUUCCAGAAGAUGCCACUUUACUUAAUUAUAUGUUCUUCACGAACUUGUAAACUUUUAAUGACGAGCCUGCACUACUAUAACCUAAAUUAUAAAUGAGUUAAAACCUGUUGUUUUUCUUUUCUUUUUUAAUGAAAAACUUAAGUGUUUUCGCUUCUCAAAAAAAAAAAAAAAAAAAAAGAU